UUCAUCAAAAUUAAAGACGAUGCAACCAGAAGUUUUCCAGUCUUCAUGGCCAUUCUACAGGGUCAUAAGCUCAGCUAAUCUUGACCAACUUGGUUUCUAUGGUACUGACAUGGAUGCGUAUGUUGAUGCCUGUCAAUUCUCUUCUUCGUUUGCCAACAAUGAGGGUAUCUAUGAUAUUUCCUCAAUGUUUCCUGCAGUUUUCAAUGGUGAUCAGUCUGUCCAAUCCCCAGCUUCUUCUGAUGACUUCCAAGUCCAGGUACCUUGCGUUGAGGAUUUUUUGAUGGAGGGCUUUGAGCCUAAUCUCAUCAAGGAAAUGGAGCUUAUAUUCUGUGAGAGCGAGGGAAAUUCUUCUUCACAGGAGCUAUCCAGUGAAGGGGAAAAUGUUGGGAGUCCUAGCCCUUCAAUAAAAUCAAGUGAAGCAUCCAUGGACACCACACCAAUUCCACGGUCAACACUUGAAUUACCAGGGGAAGAGCUACAGCUUGAAAAUCAAGCGAGUCUCUUUCAUUUACUCAAGGCUUAUGGAGAAGCCAUGGAUGGAGGACAGAGUGAGCUUGCAGAUGUGAUCAUGAGAUGUGUAAGUGAGAAAGUUAGCCCAGCUGGUGAAGCCUUGGAGUGUCUCGCCUUUAAUCUAUGCGAAGAUCUUGAGAAGCAGGGGGAUUAUAUAAAACGAGAAUCCUGCAGGAAUUUUGAGGCAGCUUUCAGGGCAUUCUACCAAAUUUUCCCAUAUGGAAGAUUUGCUCACUUUGCUGCCAAUUCAGCAAUCCUUGAAGCUAUUCCAGCUGAUGCAGAGACAAUACACAUAGUGGACUUCGAUCUUGGGGAAGGCAUUCAAUGGCCUCCAUUGAUUGAGGCCUUGGCACACCAACAAAAGGCAGUGAGAUUGACAGCAAUAAAAUGGAAAAAUGAUGACUGCAAUUGGGCUCCCAUGGCAUGGAGUUUCGAUGCGACGAAAAGGAGACUUCUUGAUCAUGCAAGAUACUUUGGUCUAAACUUGAAGGUAGAGGAGAUGGGAAUUGAAGAUUUGGCGAAUGAGGAAAAGAAGGCAAAUAAAAGAGGUGGUAGGAAAGAAUGGUUAGUCUUCAACAGCAUGCUCCGGCUUCCACACAUGGGAAGGGCAAGGAGCAGACAGCUUGUUGAACAGUUCCUAAGGGUAGCCAAAGACUUGUUGGCCAAUUCUGCCUUCUGCAACUCCAGCAGCAGGGGCCUUAUUACUUUUGGUGACGGUGAUUCCUGUGAAAACUUGAAAAACAGUUUCGAUUUUGGAUCAUUUUUCGAAGGGCAUUUGUUGCAUUACAAAGCCCUGCUCGAUUCAAUUGAGUCCAAAUUCCCAGUUCAUCUCACAGAAGCAAGAAUGGCAUUGGAGUGUCUGUUCGUGGCACCUUACAUCUCUUCCCAGGAUUGGUACCAAAAAUGGGUGGAGAUAAAGCAAGGUUGCAAUCUUGAGCUGGGAAAUGGGUUCGAAGGAUGGAGGGUGAGCAGAGUGAACCUGGAGGAAGCCAGAGAAAUGGUGGGAGACAAGCAAAGUUCUUAUGGAGUAAAGAUCGGGGGAGACCUGGGGAAUGAGAUGAUUUUAGAGUGGAAAUCAACUCCGUUAGUCAGAGUGUCUACAUGGAGAAAUUGAAGCUAGAAAAACUAAAAAUUAUUUUUCAAGUAAAUAUAAAAAUAAUAAAUUUAUUACUCCAUGUUGCAUAGAUUCAUUACUUCUAACUGUAGAAGAGAAUGUUUGUCUAGCUCAGGGAAGAAUUCUGUUUUGUUUAAAAAGGGUAUGGA